ACGAGUUCCUGAUCCGUGACUGUCGAAAGAUGUCCAAGAAGGAUGUGGCGUGUUUCUGGAUCGUACUGCUCCUGUGCCAAGAGCUACGGACCGACCCGAUCGCAGAGAUGGGACCAUCCUCUGGCAUCCUGAUUCAAGAGACACCAGGGUUCAUCUUAACGGAGAAGAGGAUCCUGACCCGACGUGUGUUCGUCAGCUUGGACCCCAAGAUUUCCAUCGAGAAGGCAUACAACAUUUCAUCGAUGCAGCUUCCUGAGUUACAGACUUGGUACCAGAUGCACCUCCAAAGAGCACAGGACCGUGUGCGAAACAUCUUGGAGCAAGCCCGGAAACCAUUUGUAUCCAGUUCUAUUCCGAUGAGCAACCGACCCAAAAGGUUCCUCACCGCUAUAAUUGUUGCAUUAGUUUGUGCCACUGUCGGUGCAGUUGUCGCAACUGGAAUGUCUGCAGCCAACUCUAUUACUGUCCAAAAGCUGGAUAUGGAAAUCUAUGCGCUAAAGCAACACAUUAACGAUAUUCAUCAGGUGAUAAACCAGCAAAGAACACUUCUCCAAGACGUGUUAACUAUUGUGGAAGACACAGUUGUUACAACGAAUUUGCAUUCGGAAUUAAUUGCCAAAUCCACUGAGUUGCACCAAAGUCAUGACUUAUUCAAGCGUGAACUUCUAUUUCUGCAUGACCCAAUAUUGUUCCACACACUUGCUUUUCUUGACGAAGUGCAAACUGGAAUGAUCGAAUUGGCAGGGGGAUGCAUACCUCUGUAUUUUGUAUCCAAGGAUAUUGUUCAUGCGAUGCUUGCCAAUGUGGAUGGAGAGACAAUUGAGCCUAUGCAAUUAAAUCUGGCCUUUGAGAUGGGGAGCGCUAUACCUCUCUUAAUUGAUCCGGAAUGUAUGGAGAUUUGCUUUUUAUUGGCCAUACCAUAUGUAACUCUCAAAGACAUUUUUCAAAUGAAAACAAUGUACUAUGAUAAUAAUGAUAUUAUGGUUGAUUGUACUAAGUGUAAAGUUCAAAACUCUUACAGGUACAAAUAUAUACAAAAAUGUUCAUUCCACGCACGGGCCUAUGUUAGAAAUGAUGUGAUUGCACAAUAUGUCUGGUAA